GAGCGUCCAGAGCGCCCCGAGAGCCCCGAGCGCCCAGAGCGCCCCGAGACCCCCGAGCGCCCAGAGCGCCCCGAGACCCCCGAGCGCCCAGAGCGCCCCGGGAGCGGGACUACAGGCCAGCCGCAGGCAGACCCGAGACGCUGCUCCGGGGACACCCGCGGAUAGAGCCCCUCCGAACGCGUCCCUGUUCGCCCCUUGCGGCCCCAGUCCUGCGGCCCGUGGCCAGAUCCAGCCAUGAGCUACCCAGGCUAUCCCCCACCCGCCGGGGGCUACCCCCCAGCUGCACCAGGUGGCGGUGCCUGGGGGGGCGCUGGCUACCCUAUGCCCAACGUGCCCCCUAUCGGGCUGGAUAACGUGGCCAGCUAUGCGGGGCAGUUCAACCAGGACUACCUGUCAGGAAUGGCGGCCAACAUGUCGGGGACAUUUGGAGGAGCCAACAUGCCAAACCUGUACCCAGGGGCCCCUGGGGGCAGCUACCCUCCAGUCCCCCCUGGGGGCUUUGGGCAGCCUCCCUCUGCCCAGCAGCCUGUUCCUCCAUACGGAAUGUACCCACCCCCUGGAGGAAACCCGCCCUCUGGGAUGCCCUCAUACCCGCCAUACCCAGGGGCUCCUCCUGUGCCGGGCCAACCCAUGCCACCCCCUGGACAGCAGCCCCCAGGGCCUUACCCUGGCCAGCCACCAGUGGGCUACCCUGGGCAGCCACCAGUGCCUCCCUCUGGGCAACAGCAGCAGCCAGUGCCAAACUACCCAGCAUACCCAGGGUCCGGGACUGUCACCCCUGCUGUGCCCCCAGCCCAGUUCGGGAACCGAGGCACCAUCGCAGAUGCUCCAGGCUUUGACCCCCUACGAGAUGCCGAGGUCCUGCGGAAGGCCAUGAAAGGCUUUGGGACUGACGAGCAGGCCAUCAUCGACUGCCUGGGGAGUCGCUCCAACAAGCAGCGCCAGCAGAUCCUCCUGUCCUUCAAGACUGCGUAUGGGAAGGAUUUGAUCAAAGAUCUGAAAUCUGAGCUAUCAGGAAACUUUGAGAAGACAAUCUUGGCUAUGAUGAAGCCCCCGGUCCUCUUUGACGUGUAUGAGAUAAAGGAGGCCAUCAAGGGGGCUGGCACCGAUGAAGCCUGCCUGAUUGAGAUCCUGGCGUCCCGCAGCAAUGAGCACAUCCGGGAGCUGAGCAGAGCCUACAAAGCAGAAUUCAAGAAGACGCUGGAGGAGGCCAUUCGGAGCGACACGUCGGGGCACUUCCAGCGGCUCCUCAUCUCCCUCUCUCAGGGAAAUCGGGAUGAGAGCACCAAUGUGGACAUGUCACUCGUCCAGAGAGAUGUCCAGGAGCUGUAUGCAGCUGGGGAGAACCGCCUGGGAACAGAUGAGUCCAAGUUCAACGCAGUUCUGUGCUCUCGGAGCCGGAUCCAUCUAGUGGCAGUUUUUAACGAGUACCAGCGAAUGACAGGCCGGGACUUUGAGAAGAGCAUCUGCCGGGAGAUGUCCGGGGACCUGGAGCAGGGCAUGCUGGCUGUGGUGAAAUGUCUCAAGAAUACCCCAGCCUUUUUUGCUGAAAGGCUCAACAAGGCCAUGAGGGGAGCAGGGACCAAGGACCGGACCCUGAUCCGCAUCAUGGUGUCUCGCAGCGAGAUUGACCUUCUGGACAUCAGAGCGGAAUACAAGAGGAUGUACGGCAAGUCGUUGUACAACGACAUCUCGGGAGACACUUCGGGGGAUUACCGGAAGAUUCUGCUGAAGAUCUGUGGUGGUAAUGACUGAGCAGUGCCCGGCGGUCACUUCUGCCUGCCUGCCAGCAACAGCAAUGCCAGGAAAAGGCCAAAAGAACGUCUGUUUCUAACACCACCCAGAAAGUAGCCUGAGGGUCUCAGCGUGGACCACCCAGAGAGCCUCAGCCCCUGUCCUACACCCACCCCUCCUGACCCACAUACUGUGCUGAAGGACCUGGGUCGGUUUAAACCUCUCUCAGGAAGGAUCCCCCCCUCCCCAUGGCCUCCUGCUAAAGUAGAUGUUUUAUUUCCUGUCUCAUGUGAUCCUUUCCUUUUGCUUGUGUCUAAGACUCUUGGCUUCAUUUCAGUCAUGUAGUUUUAUUUUUUAUCUGGAGGCAUAUUUUUCUAUGGUCGUCGCCAGACAAAUGCAUGCAAGUCUGUCGACUGUGUACACAUUUCUGGUGGGGGAGCACUGUGUCUUCACUGGGGCGUAAAAAGAGGACCUUUAAGGGUAAAUCUUUGCAUCUGGUGAGUAUGUGUCAUGAGUUUUGUUAUUGCCAAACGCACUCCUUUUUAGAGGAAAAAAAAGACCAGGGCGUCAUUUGUUCCAUCUUUCAUGUAAAACCACGAGGAGAAAGCCAGUUCCCUGGCAGUGACAGGGCUCCUUGUAUUUUGGGAUGUGCCUUUAACCUGAAUGUCUAUAACCAAAAGCUGUUUGCAAAUUAAAGCCAGCCAGUUCUGGAAUGUUCUAGAAUUUUUUCCUGGUGCCAGCUUGUUUUCUUCUGCUUCAUUAUCCCACCCUGCUGCUCAGCAGUUCCAGCAUAUUAACCAAUAAAAAUUCCUGUAACUUUAAGUAGAAAUUUGUGCUCAGGAACCCCUGAGCAGAAGCUCAUUUACAGGAACUUGGGUUGUAAAGACAAGAGGAGGGAGGUUCCUGAAAUCUAUAGUGGGUGCACAGACGCUGAAAAGCCACAAGGAUCUUGGUCCGGUGUGGGUGCAGUGAAGUCCCCUGAGGGUGAGGUAGGAACAGUGUGGUCCUUCCUCGGCUCCUGAGGAAGGGUGUGGGUAGGCGUGGUAGUACAUCUCAGCUUAGCUGGUGGUUAAGCCUUAUGGCCGGGGCGGGGGGGAGGUGGGGGGGGCAGAGGAGAGGGUGGGAACAGCCCAAAGAAGCAUAAGACCGGUGUCUUCCCUCUGGGAGCCUCUGGCCUGAAAUGUGUCUCCCCUGCUGUGGUCUGUAGCAGGCCCUUUGUUGUGUGUUGAUGGUGUGUGGUUGUGGUGUUUAGAGAAGGGGACUCCAGAAGAGGCAGUUUCUAGAAACCACUGUGUCAUGUCCAGAAGCCAGAGCUUGUCUUACUGGUCGGAUCCCUUUCUGGUCUGUCCAUCGCCUACUGUGUUGAAAAGUUUAGAUAAAGGGGAGAGUCCAGAGAGACUAGGGUGGAAGAUCAAGCCUGCUGGGACCUGCCAAGGGCCCCUGAGAGUGUUUUGUCCGCAGAGUAGACAUCUGCUUGGGGUACCGCUCGACUGUCACUGCCCUAGGCGUAGUGAGAAGAGUAACACAAGGGGCAUGCAGCAGCCACGAGCUAGGCGCUAACCUGGUCUACCUAGACCUGCCUUCCUGAGCCAGGGGAGACUGGCAUGGGUACUGGGAUCACUGAGCCCCAUCCUCCCUCCUUCAGCCCUGCCUCAGUUUCCGUGUCUGGAGCCUCUCGAGCUAGUCCACUUCCACCCAAGACCUGGCCUGCCUGGCUUAGGCCCCAUUCCUGGGAAACCCCUCCCAUAGGGCUGGCCCAUUGCUCGUAGUUGCCAGGGGGGACCCGCCCAGUGGACUGAGCUGCUUGGCGCUGUACAGCUUGCCAUGAACUCGGGCAGACCCUGGGGGCCUGAGCUGUGCCAGGGCCUAGAUCCAACCUGCUCUGAUGUGACUGAAGGUUCCGUGCCGUGACUUUGCCCAGUUGUCUACACGAGAGGUCUCAACCUGGUGUCCAGUAGGCAGUAUCUAGCCUGCAGAUGCAUUUACUUUGUUCCCCCCCAAUUUUUUUUUUUUUUAUUGUGCUUUAAGUGAAAGUUUUCCGUUCAAGUUAGUUUCUCGUACAAAAGUUUACGCACGCCUUGUCAUGUGACGGUAGCUGCUUUGCCUGUAAUGUAACAGCGCACUUCUCUUUUCCAGCCCGGACUUCCUGUGUGUCUGUGUGACCAGCUAAUGUCCCCUUCUGCCUUCUCAUUUCACCUCUGGACGGGAGCUGCCCCUUUAGUCUCAUGUAUCUCAAAAUGUCUCUUUAGAAUGUUGACUUUGUUGCCAACAUUUUAACAUUGGGAGAGUUCAUAUUUUAAAAAUUCAGGAAUCUUGGCUUCUCUUGAAAAAUCAGACAUUGAGCAACACUAGGCUUGCAUUCCUGUAUGGCAGGAGCUGCUGGAGCCACGUCGUAGCUGCCCUUUUAGACAAAGUGUGUACUUGCCGUUUUGCCACAGGCCUCACCACUCCCUACUGUAUCACACCAAACCCAUGUUACCUGUUUGUCCCCUGCAGGACUUUGAGUUUGAAGCUUCUGGUCUACACUCUUGGUGACCACCCCUGGGUUUUCCAGUGUUGGUUCUCCCUGGCUUCCUGGCUGCCCUCCUGGCCAUGACCAUGAGCGCCAACUGAUGAUAACUAUGGACUGGAGGACUGAGUGAGCUCAUUGAGAUGACCCCAGGAACAACAACAAGAAAAAAAUUACUGCCCUCCAAGACCAGCGGGAGGUUGGGGUCAAUACUGCUGAUUUUAUGCCUAGGACAAAAAACAAAAAAACAAGGAGACACAUGACCAUACAGGUCAUCUUCCUGGGAGAGAACCACACUUUUUUUCCCUACUUCCUGGAGGUGUUAGUCAAGGCCAAUCUAUGCUACAUGUCUAAUCUCACUUCCAAAAUAGCAACUAGAGGAUAAGACAUCAAAUGAGUUCAUCCCUGAGUAAAUUUUCAGCAGCUGUGGGGGUGCUGGAAGGAACAUGUAUUAGGGGCAGGACAGGGACCAGAGUGAGGCACUUGGGUCCAAAACGUAAGGAAGGAGUCUUGGAGGGCUCGCUUGGUGGAGAGUAAAGAGGCCUGAAGCAGUGGUUCUCAGCCCUAGUGUGCAUCGGCAUCACCUGGGGGUCUCGUCAAAGUGCGGUUCCCUGGGGCCCAUCCUCACAGUUCUGAUCAAGCACGGGGCCUGGCAGACUGCAUCUGUAACCAGGUCGCCUCGCGGUUCUGAUGCUGAUCUAAACACUCCUGCACUGAGGCAGAGAGCUCCCUGAGACGAGAGGUGUUCACACAGGCAGCAGGUAAGCAGAUGGCAGGGCGUGUUUGUUCGGAGUUCAGUCAGGUGAUGGGAGAUGGAACAAGGCUACUCCCAGCCUUGGGAUGUGGGAUCUGAAAGAUGAACCUUUGCCGGUGCCCGUGGUUAAAGCAGCGACUGAAUGGCCAUACUGUGUCCAUCCUUUGUUGGCCUUGCCGGCCUAGGCCUUGGCCCUUCAUCUCUGCUGUCAGCCCUUUCCUGCCCCAGCUGGUACGGACCCAGAGUCAGACCUGGAAAUGGAAACCAAGCUAAUUAUGUUUCCCCCAGGCAGAUGACAGCUAAAAUGUUCACCUUACCAAACCCAGAAGCUCUCUGCCUGUGUUCCUCUAAAGAGCAGAGAUAUCAUCACUCAGGUCCCUACCUGCCCCCAAACAGGAUCUCCUCUUAGCAAAGAAGUCAGUCAAGCCCCCAGCUCUUCCAGGGGCUCUUACCAUUAGCCCCUGCUCCUUGGAAAGCUGCCUCUUGGCUUAAUACUGGGAUCCACCCUGAGCCUGGUUCCUUUCCAACGGUAAAAGCUGAUGUAGUCUCAAAGCAGAAAGAGCACACAACUCAGCCACUGACCCUGGGUAAGUCACUUCCCCUUUGGGGCCUCCACUGUCCCUUUGUAAAAUGAGGGAUAAACUAGAUCAGAGCUUCUUAAACUUUAAUGUGGUCAGCACAAAAGCUGUGAAAAAGCUGCAAAAAUUGUGAGAAUCAACUUUAUCGUAACUCUGGAAACUAAUCAAGUUUACAACAGCCAUGCUAGCUAGUGCUUAGUGAAGAGAAAAA